AUGAUGUGGUCCUGUUCCACACCAUCGUACCUGAGCCCCGGUUCGCACACGAGCACGAGGAACUAUUCGGUGGUGGUCCCUCGGAAUCCGAGGUUGUUAUCAUCGGCUAACACUAACACGAGCCGGAGAUUCUUUUUGGCGCAAUCGAGGUUUUUUUCAAAUUCGGAAAUUAGCAGUGGGCAGUAUGAGAACAACUUUAUUCCAAAUGAUGAUAUUGCCCGUGGGGACUAUGAGAAAAGCUUUAUUCCAUCUAUAAUUUCUCCGAAUGAUAUUGGUGUCAAGUUUGAUGACGUUGGUGGCCUUGACCCUUGCAAAGGGAUGCUGCUUUUUGGUCCCCCUGGAACUGGAAAAACCCUUGUAGCAAAGGCUCUGGCUACCGAAGCAGGGGCCCAUUUCAUCAAUGUUACUCCUUCAUCCCUUACAUCUAUGUGGCAUGGGGAAGAAGAAAAACUUGCGAGGGCACUAUUCUCCUUGGCUGUGAAGCUGGCUCCUACAAUUAUUUUUAUGGAUGAGAUUGAUGCUUUGCUUGGUGCACGUGGUCGAUCUUCUGAGCAUGAGGCAACCAGAAGACUUCGGAAUGAGUUUAUGUCAGCUUGGGAUGGAUUGACUUCAAAUGACAGCCAAAGAAUACUUGUUCUUGGUGCUUCAAAUAGGCCCUUUGACCUUGAUGAUGCUGUCAUUCGCCGCAUGCCAAGAAGGAUUCAUGUUGACCUACCAGAUGUGAGAAGCAGAUUGAAAAUACUGGAGAUACUUCUUGCCAAAGAGGCUCUGGAAUCUGGGUUUAACAUUAAAAAACUCGCAGUGGCUACUGCAGGGUAUUCCGGGAGCGACUUAAAGAAUCUAUGUGUGGCUGCGGCAUAUAAGCCUGUCCAAGAACUACUUGAACAAGAAAGCAAGGGUGACAAGAAAGAUGGAACUGCAGAAUUAAGACAACUGAAGCUAGACGACUAUAUUAAUUCCAAGGCCAUGGUGGGCCCCUCGGUUGUGUACGAAUCAAGGAGUUUGGUAGAGCUGAGGAAAUGGAACGAGCAAUAUGGCGAAGGAGGAAGCAAGAGAAAGUAG